AUGACAUACCCGGGCCUGGAAGGAUCUGAGAAAAGCUUGGAAUGGCUGUGGGAUACACACUUUGCUGCGGUUGCCUCCGACUCGCCCGGUUUUGAGGUUUGGAACAGUGGUCUUGAUGCGGGACCGGGACUCCGCAUGCAUGAGAUUAUCCUCUCUGGCUUUGGACUGCCGAUUGGGGAGUUGUUUACGCUCAAGGAACUGGCAGAGCAGUGCGAGAAGCUGAAUCGGUGGUCUUUUAUGUUCGUGAGCGAAGUGUUGAAUGUGCCCGGUGGGGUUGGGAGUCCUCCGAACGCAUUGGCAAUACUGUGA